AUGAUGAAGGUAUUACUGAAGAAUCUGAAGCAGAAGAGGUCGAAUAUAGUAAUCUAGAAAUAGUAGAGCGUUUUGACAUUGAAAAUAUAGUAUACUUAAGUGAUAAAAUAUUUCAAGAUGGUGAAUAUGAUAUUGAUA